CUGUCAAGCAGUCGUCGAUACCGGUUUCGCGUGUACUCUGACGAGCCGUAGCACCUCGCCAGGCACCUCUGCCUGACAUGUCGGCGUCACUGCCUGGCAAUCGCGACCUGCCGGCCUCUCAGUAUGACCUCUCCACCUACUGGGGUCGUGUCAAGCAAUCUGCCCAGAUAGCAGAUCCGAGGUAAGAAGAGGCAAUGGUGUGAAAUAUCUGUGCUCUGCUGGCGACAAAUUGCACCCUGAGUGUGGGAAAUACCGUGACUUAUGGAGGCAGAGGCGGAACAGACGUCGUCCAAUGUUCGUUGACUGACGCACCGUACUUAGGACACUAUUUGUCUCAUCCUCCGGCCUCGAACAUGCGAAGCAACUGGUCACAUCCUACAAGACGGGGGCAAUAAAACAAAUGACUCCUGAAAUAUGGAACGCAAAGAAGAUCGUGGAUUCUACACUCCAUCCAGAUACCGGAGCGCCAGUAUUUCUCCCCUUCCGGAUGUCAUGCUUUGUUAUCUCGAAUCUGGUGGUGACAGCGGGCAUGCUGACGCCGAACAUGACGACAACUGGGACGGUCGCAUGGCAGAUAAUUAAUCAGUCUCUCAACGUGGCAAUCAACAGUGCCAAUGCAAAUAAGUCCUCGCCGCUGUCUACCACGACACUCAUCCAGAGCUACCUGCUGGCCGUGUCCGCAUCAUGCUCCGUUGCAGUUGGGCUCAACUCGAUCGUCCCACGCCUCAAGAGAGUUUCCCCAAAUACAAGGCUCAUCCUCGGCCGUCUGGUCCCCUUUGCAGCCGUUGCUUCUGCCGGCGCUCUGAAUGUCUUCCUCAUGAGAGGCGAGGAGAUCCGGCGUGGUAUCGAUAUCUUCCCCGUCCAGUCCGAGGCGGAGAAGGCCGAGCGUGAGAAGACGGGCAAGGAAGUUGCCAGCUUAGGCAAAUCGCGGAAGGCCGCCACCCUAGCCGUGGGCGAAACUGCUAUCUCGCGGGUUUUGAAUGCGACGCCCAUUAUGGUUAUUCCGCCGCUCGUUCUUGUGCGGUUGCAGAAGACGGAGUGGUUGAAGCAACGACCUAGAAUGGUCCUGCCAAUCAAUCUUGGUCUGAUUCUUACGACGAGUAUCUUUGCUCUGCCGCUUGCUUUGGCAGCGUUUCCGCAACGGCAAGCGGUCAGUGCAAAGAGCCUGGAGAAAGAGUUCUGGAGUGAAGGUGGUGAAGGUGGAAUGGUCGAAUUCAAUCGCGGGAUCUGAGGCGACGAAGAUGAAGGACUCGAGUCUCAGCACGAUGUGCAUAUGCGAUCUCUUGCCCACAACCCGAUCUGUGCACAUGUCGAGCAUGGCUACAAAUUAGACAUCAUAAGAGUGUCGUGGCAUGACUGGCCUUAUUGGGGCGACUGAUGACGAACGGCAACCCGUGAUACUCGCGGAUACAGUCCCGACCGAUAGACAUAGAGUAGACAGAGGAAGCAGCAAUGCCUGAAAAGCUGGGCCAUUCUUGCGGCCUUCCUUUUGACCACGGAGCAAAAGUUUCACCUGCAGAACAGCCUUGAUUUUUCCAGGCCAAAGCAAUAACAACACCGAUUCAAC